UAAAAGAGAGAAUGUGAAUUUAACAGCAUUUAAAAGGAGGGAGAAAAAAAAAAUCAACCAAACAACAAACUAAAUUGUUGCAAAUACCAUGUGGGUGAAUGUAGCACAGAAUCAUUUGUCAACUGUCCACCAACCAGACUGUUCCAAAAGCAACCUUUGUACGGUAUCUUUUGCAGUAAAAACAGAGCAAAGCAUGCUGAAAUGUAGACAUUCCCGGCGACGCUGCCGACAGAUAACGGUGAAGAAUGAUUGUCUUGACAUCUCAGUGACUAGAAUGGUUAAAAGAAAAAGGAAAAAAAUGCUGUUGGGAAUAUGAUAUCCUGUUGUGAGGGGGAAACUGAGUACUGCCAGUGGCUUACAUGAAAUGACCUUGCAAGGUCAUAGUCACAAUAUUGUUCUUCACCUUUCAAGCGCAGUCCACACACAGGGAUAACUGCAAUACCACCAAUUUGUGUUUGACACAAUGUGCAUAACUUAACAUAGUGGCGCUCAGUACUUCUGCACCACUUUAAAACCCUAGUUGGUUUUUUUUACCCCACCAUGUCUUAACUAAGUAUGAACACUAAGAAACAGUAAGGUGUAGUGUGUAUUUCGACUCCCCUUCUACAGAAAUCAUCUGUAUUAGUGUACUUUACGGCAGCGGUCCCCAACCUUUUUUGAGCCACGGACCGGUUCCGUGUCAGAAACUAUUUUCACGGACCGGCAAUAUAAAUGACGUAAUAAAUAUGACAUCAUACAAUUAUACGAAGGGCAUAAAGUGCCAAAACUACAACUCAUCAUUACGCCGAAUGAGUGUGAGCCGUGCGCUUGUUGACCUGCAACGAGCCGCUCAUGGAGACGGCGACAGACGUGUGUUUGGUCCGCUGCUCCUAACCGAGUUCUGGUCGCUGUCAUUAGAACACCGGCAGAGUUGUUGUGUGAAAUGUCCCUUAAGGCCACCGUCCUUUGCAUCUCGAACACAUUUUCUUCUGCUCGGACGGGCUCGAUUCACCGGGUGGGUUUGUUUACAAAUGGGUUGCAGGUCUAUUCUUUUGCAGUCGGGUCUUUUGUGGUUGGAGUACCGCUCAAACUCUUUUAAAAGCCUCUUCCACCCUGUCAACGUCUGAAACAUGUAGAAUAUUCCGCUGUUCACUCGCCCACACAGCAGCGACUUUAUCGGCCAACUUGAAACCAGUUGUCAUUUCCCUGAAGUGACAGAAUUCAUUGAGCAGGUUGAAUAUGUUUUAAGAUUCUUUGUCACUGAAAUGUGCCGCCAGCAGAGGGUUCGGCGCGUGAGACUCGCCUGCAGCGAUAAAUCCGAACUUUAAGACUCCUGAACGCGGCUCAGACGUACACACGGGUGUAUCCGCUCCUUUUUCAAAAUAAUAUAUUUUUCCGACUGAUUUAAAAAAAAAAAAUUACAACUUUAUUUAUUCACUUUUUUUCCGCGGCCCGGUUCCAACCAAGCCGCGGACCGGUACCGGGCCGCGGCCCGGGGGUUGGGGACCCCUGCUUUACGGCAUAUAGAAAAAGCUGAAACAUCCUCCCCAGAACACAUGCAUUUUAAAACAUUUCAUAAAUUAAAAAAUAGUAAAAUAAACAAAUUCUCAUAAUUUUACAGAUUUGCGUUGCAGCACUUUUACUUUCUAAAUUCCUUUACACGAGAGAAUGUCUCGACGUCCGCUUGACAUGAUGCUCAUUAACUGGGAAAAUAGAAACGCUGCCCCCUAGCGGUGGACCGCAAACCAUUACAUCACUGUACAAGUCUGCCGAUUCAAGGACAAUUUAAACCGUGAGGGAAAACCAUCGCAUCCAUACGCGAUUAAAUAUUAAGGGAAAGCCGAAAAUCAGGACGCCUCUAUUUAUAGAGAGUCGCUUAUUAGCGCCUCGUGUAGUUAUGGAGAGAAUGCGACAACCAAAGCCCCCCCCCGAAUUUUUUUAAUCUAUUCUAUAACCUGACUUUGUACAGAAACCACGGAGCUAAAUAUAACCCGACUGUCGAAAACGAAUCCCCAGCAUCGUAUUUUCUAAUUGACAUACGUCACAAUCUAAAGUAAAUUUGUUUAGCACCGGUUGUUUUUUUUCCACCAAAAGCACACAGUCGACAUGAACAAUGCGUGUGACGCAAUGAGGAGAUUAUUUUCUAUUAUUUUUAUUUCAACAACGUGCUGCUAGGUGGUUGGCGUGGAAUCUCGUUUCCAGCAGGCCUCCACAAUUACGAGGCGCCAACGAGGGGCUUUUUCAUGUGACGUUGGACAUGUUUGCUUUGCAAAUAAAAUACAACAAAUAAAAUUAAAAUGGCAACCUUCUUUUAAGUAGAAGAAUUUCGGAAAGGUGAACGUAGCGGGGCUUUGUUAUCAUUAGCUAGCUUAGCCCACGAGCCCGUGUCAUCUGCACGACACCCCCCGUCGUUAGCUGAGCACGUUCGCACAUCGCAGGUUGGGGGCCGGGGUUCACACCGACCCGCUCAUCACCUGUCCGGCCGAGCGAAUCCACCCGACCGUCCCCGGACGGCGGCCAGAUGGGGGGCAGCUUGUCAACAGGCCGCAUUGCACAGGGAGACAGACAGCCGGACAGCUGUGUUCUGCGGUAACGACCUCACGGGAUAACCCGGGCAGCACGCAGACCCUCCUGGGAGGAAAACACCCCGCAAAGACUCACCGUUAACGGGGAUCCUUCUGCGGUGUGAGGUGAAACUACUCGGUCGACUGGAGGCGUCGGGAAGGAUCAGGCGUAUAAUGUCCGGAGCGGCCGGUGGGGGAGGAGGCUCCUCCUGUCAGGGCGCAGCAGCCGCGGCCAGUUGCAGCUCCGCCGGCUCUCCCUACGCUGCUGCAGCCGGAGGAGGCGCAGGGGUGGCCGGGAGGCUGCCCGCAAGGGUCCUGGAGCAUGUUUUCUCGUAUUUGGAGAUGACCGACUUGAUGCGUUGCGCGUUGGUCUGCUGGCAUUGGAACAACAUGCUGGCGGACGAAAACAGUGAGGUGUGGCGCAGCCUCUGCAGCCGGUCUUUGAGCGAUGAAGCUAUGCGCUCGGACAUCCUGUGCAACCUGCCCACCUACAAAGGGAAACUGAAGGCCUAUCAACACGCUCUGAGCUCCCACGACUGCUCCCGCAACGUUUACGUGAAGAAGAACGGCUUCACCCUGCACCGCAACCCUAUCGCCCAGAGCACGGACGGUGCCCGGGGCAAGAUUGGCUUUUCGGAAGGGAGGCACGCCUGGGAGAUCUGGUGGGAAGGCCCUCUUGGCACCGUGGCAGUGAUCGGCCUCGCCACCAAGCGGGCGUCCUUGCAGUGCCAGGGCUACGUGGCCCUGCUGGGCAGUGACGACCAGAGCUGGGGCUGGAACCUGGUCGACAACAACCUGCUUCACAACGGGGAGGUCAAUGGCAACUUCCCCCAGUGCAACAAUGCGCCAAAAUAUCAGAUCGGAGAGAGGAUACGAGUGAUUCUCGACAUGGAUGACAAGACGUUAGCCUUCGAGAGGGGUUUUGAGUUUCUUGGUAUAGCGUUUCGCGGGCUGCCCAAAGCCUGCCUGUUCCCAGCUGUCUCUGCAGUGUACGGCAACACGGAAGUCACCAUGGUGUACCUGGGAAACCCUCUGGACGGCUAGACGCAGAGCCACCUGUGCCACCAUCAAAACCAACAGGCCACUGGCGAGUGCAGGACUCUUUUUUUUUUUUUGUCGCACCGUCUCAAAAGGUUUCGGAGACCAAGGCGUCAUGUUCCUUCCUGAGCAGAAUAACUAUUCACACACUCAAAGAGAACCGUUGGCGUUUCUACUCCAGCUCGACACGAGGACUCAAACUACAGAGGGGAGAAGGAACGUGUGGGAUACUGUCACAAACACGGCUCUGUAUCGACGUGGACGUGUCCACUUUUACAGUUCAGCUGCUGGACCGCUUUAUUUUCUGAACAGGGGGAACAUUAUUUAAGUCUGUGCGAUUCAGGCCAACAGCGCUGAGCAUUUACGUGGGACUUUGUGUCUGCUUAGUGAGGCCAAAGCUCUUCUAAACCGUGGCAUACUUUAAGACAUUGAUUUUAACAAGCGAAACAGUAGUUGUUAUCGAUAGCUAUCCGUGUUAUGAGUUAAAGGAAACGGCUCAUUGUGGAUUAUACAAUGUAUAACAGUUAUAUGCCAAAUCGAUGUGACCUGAUCGCUAUAGGCAAACAUAGAGGACAUGCGGACCAACUGUCAUGCAUGUGCAUGGAUACUGGCGUAGAGACUAUAACACCCAGCCUUUGAUAUACCUACCCCGUGAUGGUGGAAACUAUAGCUGUAUCAUGUUUAUGUGCCUCCUUUUUAAUGUGCUACUGUAGUAUUAUACACUAUUUAUUUCUUGGUUUUUAUCCACGGUACUUUAGAUGCUGUCUGGUAAUAAGGCCUGAAAAUAAAGUCUACAUGAUGCCACUCUUAUAAUAAAGAUGUGUUGAUGUU